CAGGACUCAGCCAGUCUGAAGGUGGCAUCGUCCAGCACCCCCAUUGAUCUGAUGGAGCUGGCCCUGAGGAAGUGGCUGACCACCCACGGGCCCGAGGAGGAGGCAUGGAGGGGUCAGUACGUGCUGAGAGUCAGCCACUGUCUGGAGUUCCUCUGUGGAGACCACCCCCUGAUUCAGUACAAGUACAUCCGCACAUGCAUGCAAGCCAAGGAGUCUCCACACCUCACCCUGGUCCACACCAGCGCCAUCAAGGCCAUGUUUGACAAGGAAAUCUCUGCCAUUGGAGCUGUGGUUGGCCGCAAGUCCUCCAACCCACCUUUACCACUACCUCCCAAGAGAAGGGCUCCCACGCAAGUACAGACAUGUGUGUGGGGUGUGUCUAGCCCGUUUAAGAUAGUCCUGGUGAACGGCAGCAAGGUGAAUGCGGAGGAGACUGCCAAGGUCCAGGUGAGGGCGGGGCUGUUCCACGGCACAGAGCUGCUGUGCAAGCCGGCUGUGAGCAGUGAGAGCAGUGGACGCUCAGACCACACGUGGAAAGACAGCACGCUGGAGUUUGACAUCUCUGUCUCUGACCUUCCCCGCAUGACCCGCCUCUGCUUUGCUAUCUAUGCCGUUAUGGAUAAGGUCAAGAAGCAGAAGUCUACCAAAAAUGCUCACAUAAACAAGUACCAGACCAUCCGCAAAGCAGGGAAAGUGCACUACCCCAUAGCCUGGGUCAACACCAUGGUGUUUGACUAUAAAGGCCAGCUGAAGACAGGAGACAUCAUCCUGCACUGCUGGUCUUCCUUUCCUGAUGAACUUGAAGAGAUGCUGAACCCCAUAGGAACCAUUCAGACCAACCCGUACACUGAGAACGCUACAGCACUGCACAUCCACUUCCCAGAGUACUCGUCACACCCCAUCAUCUUCCCUCCCUUCGACAAGAUACUGGAAAAAGCUGCAGAGAUCGCCAGAGCAAAUGACUGUGCACCCAUGAGUCGUGGGGGUAAGAAGUUCCACAUAGAGCUGAAGGAGAUCAUGGAGCGUGAUGCGCUCUCUCAGCUGUGUGAAAACGAGAAGGAUUUAAUCUGGACGCUACGCCACGACUGUAGAGAGAAUUUCCCUCAGUCGCUGCCCAAGCUGCUACUCUCCGUCAAGUGGAGCAAACAUGAGGACAUGGCCCAGCUCCAGGCACUGCUUCAGAUCUGGCCCAAACUGAGUCCCAGAGAUGCUCUGGAGCUUCUGGACUUCAACUACCCUGACCAGUAUGUCAGGGAAUAUGCUGUGAGAUGUCUGCGUGAUAUGAGUAAUGAGGAGCUGUCGCAGUACUUGUUACAGUUGGUGCAGGUGUUGCGUUAUGAGCCCUACUAUGAUUGUGCCCUCACCCACUUCCUGCUGGAGCGUGCCCAGAGAAACCGCAAGAUAGGACACUUCCUCUUCUGGCACCUACGGUCAGAGAUCCACAUGCCAGCUGUUUCAGUCCAGUUUGCCCUCAUCCUGGAAGCCUACUGUAGAGGCAGCAUCCCUCAUAUUGAGGUCCUAAAGAAACAGGUUGAAGCCCUGAGUAAGCUAAAGUCGGUGAACGAGCUAAUUAAACUGGGAACCAUCAAGAACGCUCGUAAGGCCAAGGAGGCAAUGUUGACAAAGGAGGCCAUGAUGACUUGUCUAAGGCAAAGCGGCUACUCAGAGACUCUGUCAGACCUGCACUCCCCUCUAAACCCCAAUGUCCUGCUGUCUGGCAUCAACGUGGAGAAGUGUCGGUACAUGGACUCAAAGAUGAAGCCACUCUGGAUUGUUUACAACAACAAGCUGAUGGGGGGAGACACCCUGGGAAUCAUCUUCAAGAACGGCGAUGACCUGAGGCAAGACAUGUUGACCCUCCAGAUUUUGAGGUUAAUGGAUCUGCUAUGGAAGGAGGCAAAUCUGGACCUCAGAAUCGUACCGUAUGGUUGCCUAGCAACAGGUGACCGGGCAGGGCUGAUUGAGGUAGUCUCAUCAGCAGACACGAUUGCAAACAUCCAGCUGACCAGCAGCAACGUGGCAGCAGCUGCCGCCUUCAACAAGGAUGCUUUGCUCAACUGGCUCAAAGAGAGAAACACUGGUGAUGCUCUUGAGCGGGCUAUCGAGGAGUUCACUCUGUCAUGUGCAGGCUACUGUGUAGCCACCUACGUCCUGGGCAUCGGAGACCGCCACAGCGACAACAUCAUGGUCCGCAGCACGGGACAGCUCUUCCACAUAGACUUUGGCCACAUCCUGGGCAACUUCAAGUCCAAGUUUGGCAUCAAGAGGGAGCGUGUACCAUUCAUCCUCACACACGACUUCAUCCACGUCAUACAGCAGGGCAAGACGGGGUACACAGAAAAAUUUGGCAGGUUUGUUCCACUUAGUUCAUCCUUUUGUCUUCGGGCCCUCUGCCUUUCUCUCUGUCUCUCUCUAUCCUGCCUAUCUACUCAAUUGAAAAUUAAGCCAAACUCAAACUCCUCCUACCUUUUUAUCAUACAGUUCAACUGGGCUGUUUGAUUGUGUAAUAGGCCUCUGAAGGUAUUAUUGAAUAGGGUGAUCAGAUGGAUGCAUCAUUGGAUUUAGAUGACUUUGUUUAGAACAGUGUUUCUCAAACAACUUACCAUAUUAGCAAAUAUUGCGUUCUCCAUGUACCACCAUUAUGACGAUGUUAAAAUUUACAGCGCAGGCCGACCCUAUUCAGCUACGGACGCUUCAUGCAGGAGGCUGGUUUAGUCCUAAUAAAGAAGAUUAUUUAUUGCUGACUGAGCAGAGCCGGUUGAACAACCAGAGCUCAUUUGGUGUAAAAGGAGUAUUCCUGGUCCACACUUAUAUUCCCAGUAGUUCCUGUUUGGAACCAUGAUUUCAGAGUUUUUGAACCAUUCAUUUUACCUCCAUCGACUAUCUUACCAUCACAUUUUAGCUCAUUAAUAAUCAUGGAUAUAUGAUUGUGCUAUGUGUAUGAACGUGACUUUGUAGCAAGCCGAUAUUGAAACAAAAUAUUACAGAAAAUGCUAAACUUAUUUUAAAUUACAUUUUAGAAAUCUCAUAAAUUAAGUACUUGUAUUUCAAAUUGUGUAGUAUUUCGAUAGUAAUAUAUGUUUCUUGAUAAACAUUUCAUUUUUAAAAAAUAUUUCAGAGAUUCCUGCGUGUAGCUCAUGUAUCACCAGUGCUACACAUACCAUAGUUUGGGAACCAGUGGUUUAGACCAUAAAAGAGGCAGUCAACAUCAUUUUUCAGUAAGAAAACAGGCCUGUUGCAAACAAACAACUUAAAUGUAUAUGAUGAACAAGUACCGUCAGUCAGCAUCUCUAGCACUGAAAUGAGCCUUAGGUAGGUAAAUGAAGUUGAUGUCUUCUGCAUCAAAGAGGCUAUAUAAGAAUAAGGAGCCUGGGAAUCAAGAUUAUUGUGUUUUUAUGUUAUGAAGACAUAAACAAAGGCGUCUGGGCCAUUUUUGAAAAGUCUAGAGCUUGAUGAUUAUGAAAAACUUGAGUUGUGCUUCAAUAAGGGAGCCUUUCUCGUAGCAAACCUUUUGUGCUAAGCUUAGGAGAGAAGGCAGAAUAUUUUAAGAACGAGACGUAUAAUAAUCAAAACAAACAAAAUCAUUUGUAAUUUUGUAAUAGAAUCAAAUGUUUGAUCACUGCAACUGUAUUUUUUGGUGUCUUAUAAGCCCAUAAGGGUUGGGCACAUAAAAUCAAUCAAUCAUCAACCACAGCUUGCACACGCUUGCUGGUGCAGUACCCUCUUCCACCAGCAGCUGGCAGUAGGAGCUCAGGCACUGAUGAACGUCUCCCAGCAAGUUGCACUAAGUGAGCGUCGG